UGAUUUGGUGUUCACAGGCCAUUCCCUCAUCGUCCCAGAAUUACUCAUCUCGUCCUCCGUGUAGUAUUAGUGCGUGCAGCUCGAUCAUUCGUGUUCCCCUUUUCCUCGCGUGUGUGCCGUAAUUUUGACAACGAUAGAGAGUUAAAAGGGUCGAGGAGCCAAUCAUCAUCAUCGCCAUGAGGGCUUCAGCCUGGUCCUGCGUGUUCCUGGUGGCCGUGGUGGGCAACCUGGCCCUGCCACCUGUCCUGGGCGCCAUGAAAGUCGUGAAGCCGUCUGCCGACAUGGACGACAACAACGGCGGCAAGCAACUCAACUACGACGUGGACCAGGACGCCAGCAGCAGCAGCAGCAACAACGCCUUCAGUCCGGGCAAGAUGUCCGGCUCCAAACACGGCAGCCAUCAUGGACACCACAACUCGUCGCCGCAGAAGAAGGAAGACAGUCCGUUCUCCUGGAAGAACAUCAUCACCAUGGCGCUCCAGUUUGUGUACAAGCUGCUCAACCCGCCGUCGUCGUCCGGGCUGGACAAGUCUGGUGACGGACCGAUUCUCCAGGACGGAGAGUUUUCCUGGACAAGGUUGUUGAGCCUGGCUGUGAAAAUCGCAUUGGCUGGCCUGGGAGCUGACACCACUGGCCUGGAUCGCGCUGACCACGGGGGACCAGCGUCGCCAAUGGAAUGCCCCCGCGGCGACCUGGAUUCCGGGGAUCCGGUUUCCCUCAUAUCUGCUCACCGUUAUAGCAUGCUGACCGCGGCGUUGUCGAUUCUGAUGAGCUCAUCUGACCCCAAGGAAGUGACUGUCAUGGCCAAACAGGCUGGUGAGCUAAUCAACUUGGGGAUGACACUUCUGGAUGCCUUGAAGACAUCUUUCAGCAAGAGGUCUUUGGAGGCCAGGUCACUGGGAUCUUCUGACAAGUAUUCUGAAGGAGCUGUUGCUGCUCUUUCCUUGAUCAAGGGCUAUGCGCAGUCAUACUCGAUUGAGGACGACACCUGUCGGCAGAAGGCGUUUUGCCUUGCGAACAGAGCUUGCACCAUGGAUGCACCAGGUGUCGGCUCUAUGUGGUGUAAAGUCGGGACUUACAUGCUAACCUUUGGAAUCGUGCCCAUGUCCAACGUGGAGGCUUUCACGCAGCUCACGGACGCAGGGCGAAACGGACGCCUAGCGGAGGACUGCGAAACAAUCUACCCCUGCAAUGACGUCUACUGAAAGGGAAAAAAAUCAAGUGUCUUAUUUUGAUCUGAAACGAAGAGAAAACUUUUAUUUUUGUGAUUACGAGGUUGUUGAAGCGCGGCACUUUUUAUCCGUCCUAGACCACAAUUGACGUUGCAUUCCAUUGGGAUUCGUUCCGGCGCGACCUGAGAUGGGCUUGAGAUAAAUGAAAACUGAGGAAUAUCUGAUGACGAUGACGAAGAGAGAGGGAUUUUAAGGAAGAAAGACAAAUACCCAGUGUUACAUAUGCAGCGAGUGUAAUUUAAGGCUGAGCUUGAAGAUGUCCCAGAGGGGCUGUUUUUUUUUUGGGCGGUUCGUUGAUUUCUGCCUGGUUUGCCCUCUGAGGUGGUGCAAUGUUACCGUGUAACUCCCCGUGAGGUAUCUUAUCCCCGGGAAGGGUAGCAGAUGCAGUGUUGCAGAGGGACAGAAAUAUUCGAAGCGAAGGACGCGCGUGAUCUUCCCUGGUUAGUUAUACUUGAACAGAUUGUGCAUGAUGCUGAUGGUGUGUGUAUUUUUAAUUGUGAUUUGUGCGUGUCUGCGUCUUAAUUUUGUACAGAUGAGGACUUGGUAAUGAAGGAUGGCCUUUUUGUGA